UCCGCAUUAUUCAUUCCGCCAGCCCUCCUCCGAAAUCAAUCAUCUCAAGUGAAUCUGUGUGCCUGCGUGUCUCGGUCUUAACCCGCCAUGUCGUUGGAAGCCGCCAUGGAGACGGACUCGGGAGUGGAAGGCGCGGGUUCGGGUCCCCUCAAGGACUUGUCGGACGAGGUGCUGCGCAUGAGCACGGAUGAGAUUGUAUCGCGGGCCCGCCUCUUGGACAACGAGAUUAAGAUCAUGCGGAGCGAGUAUAUCCGGAUUAGCAACGAACUGGCCGCUCAGAAGGACAAGAUCAAGGAGAACACGGAGAAGAUCAAGGUCAACAAGACCUUGCCCUACCUGGUGUCCAACGUGGUCGAGUUGCUGGACAUGGACCCCGAGGAGUCGGGCGUGGAAGAGGACGGCGGCCACAUCGAUCUGGACGCGCAGCGCAAAGGCAAGUGCGCCGUCAUCAAGACCUCCACCCGACAGACCUACUUUCUGCCCGUCAUCGGCCUGGUCGAGCCCGAAAAGCUCAAGCCCGGUGAUCUGGUGGGCGUCAACAAGGACUCCUACCUCAUCCUGGAAGAGUUGCCCGCCGAGUACGACUCCCGCGUCAAGGCCAUGGAAGUCGAUGCCCGACCCACGGAGCGCUACUCCGAUAUCGGCGGAUUGGACAAGCAGAUCCAAGAGUUGAUCGAGGCCGUCGUUUUACCCAUGACCCACAAAGAAAAGUUUGUCAACAUUGGUAUCAAACCGCCCAAGGGCGUGCUCCUGUACGGCCCGCCCGGCACCGGCAAGACCCUGAUGGCCCGAGCUUGUGCCGCUCAGACCAAGAGUACUUUCCUCAAGUUGGCCGGCCCGCAAUUGGUCCAGAUGUUCAUCGGUGACGGCGCCAAAUUGGUGCGGGACGCCUUCGCCUUGGCCAAGGAGAAGGCGCCGGCCAUCAUCUUCAUCGACGAGUUGGAUGCCAUCGGCACCAAGCGCUUCGAUUCCGAGAAGGCCGGUGAUCGCGAAGUUCAACGAACCAUGUUAGAGCUGCUCAACCAAUUGGACGGCUUCAGCUCCACCACCGACAUCAAGGUCAUUGCCGCCACCAAUCGGGUGGACAUCCUGGACCCAGCUUUGCUGCGCUCGGGUCGCUUGGACCGCAAGAUCGAGUUCCCGGCCCCCACUGAGGAGGCCCGAGCCCGUAUCAUGCAGAUCCAUUCACGGAAAAUGAACAUUAGUCCCGAUGUCAACUUUGACGAGUUAGCCCGCUCCACGGAUGACUUCAACGGCGCCCAAUGUAAGGCCGUCUGCGUGGAGGCGGGUAUGAUUGCCCUUCGCCGGGAAGCCACCACCGUCACCCACGAAGAUUUUAUGGAUGCUAUCAUGGAGGUCCAAGCUAAGAAGAAGCAGAACCUGAACUAUUAUGCCUAAAUCCGAUCGUGCAUCUUCAUUGUAAAUUAAAGAGGAUUUUCAACUUCGA